UCCAAUCAGCAGGCGGCUCCAGGUGUUCAGCAGCUUUAUCAUCCUCAGGUGAGGCGGCAGUCUGCAGCAGCUUCCAGCCGCUCUUCGGUGCUUCCCGGCGGGCAGAGAGCAGCGCAGUGGACCGGAGCAUGUCGGCGGCUAACAGACGGAUGACGAUGGCCUGGGUUUGGCCCGCUUUGGUGCUUCUAGCCCGGCUCACCACGGCAGAGGAACCGCGUCGGGACGCACACGGGGCUUUGGCCGGCUCCGAGGCGCUGAUCUCGGACUCCGAGCCGCCGAUGGAGACCCGCAGCGGGGGAGGCCUCCUGCCGGUGCUGGUGUGGAAGUUUGUGAAAGAUGCUGCAGAUGCAUCAGAUUUGGGCCGACCGCAGUUUCUCUGCAGCGACACGUCACUCUCUGUUCGCUUGUCGCUCAUCCGAUACUCUGACCUGCAUCUGCAAGAUGGGAAGAGGUUGGCGUGGCUGCAGCAGGGAUGUGAUGGUUCUAUUGGGACCGUGGGGCCGUGGCUGCUGCUGAAGCUGCCUUACACCAGCUGCCAUGUGACAUCACAGGUUUCAAAUGGAACGUGGUUCCACCAGUUGAAGCUGCGUUACUUCGACCACCUGCUGCGGGAGAACAUGACGGCUGUGGUCGCCUGUGAGGAUCCUGCAACGUGGACCCUGCCGGCGGUGAGCUGCAGGAGCACAGAAGUGGCUGUGAAACUGCCUCAGGGAAGCAGACUGCAGAAGGUGAAGGCUCUGGGGAAAGAUGUGGUGGUUGGGAGGGUGCAGACCACCACUACUCCAGGGCCAGUGUUGGUGCAGAUCUCCACACCGGCAGACAAGGACUCCAUGUUUGAAGUGAUCUAUUUGGACUCGGCUGGGGAGAUGUCCACGAUGCUGGCGGCUUGUUUCAGUGCAGCCAGAGGAGAUGCGCGGGAUCGUCGGCGCAGAGCUCUGCAACACCAGGACCAGUGGGACUGGGGGGUGAAUCCUCAUGAUUCAUUCAGUGUAGAACCCACACAGGGGACUGAGGAGGCUGAAAUGAUGGGAACCGUGGAACCUCCAUGUGAGGACGAGGAAACAACAACAACUGUCAUGCUUGUUCCUGUAAUCAUCCCGGGGAUAGAUGAUGAUUCAAAGAUCUUUGAUUUGUGGGGAUUAAACAAUAUUCCUGAAGGGCCUCAUAUGGAACUUGAACCCCACCCCAUGAGUGACUGCGAUCCCCAUAAGGACACCACAACAGUCACCUGCCCCACCGAGCCACCAAGCACGACGGCCACCACCCAGACGACGUCCUCGAGCCUCCCUACCACCACCACGACCCAGCCGACCUCCGCGACGUCCUCGAGCCCCCCUACCAUAACCCAGCCGACCUCCACGACGUCCUCGAGCCCCCCUGCCACCAUCACAACCCAGUCGACCUCCACGAUGUUCUCGAGCCCCCCUGCCACCACCACAACCCAGCCGACUUCCACGACGUCCUCGAGUCCCCCUGCCACGACCCAGCCGACCUCCAUGACGUCCUCAAGCACCCCUACCACCACGACUCAGCCAACCUCCACGAUGUCCUCCAGCGCCCCUACCACCACCACAACCCAGCCGACCUCCAUGACGUCCUCAAGCGCCCCUACCACCACCACGACCCAGCCGACGUCCUCGAGGGCCCCUACCACGACCCAGCCAACGUCCUCAAGCCCCCCUACCACCACCACGACCCAGCCGACCUCCACGAUGUCCUCGAGCGCCCCUACCACGACCCAGCCGACCUCCAUGACGUCCUCGAGCGCCCCUACCACCACCACGACCCAGCCGACCUCCACGACGUCCUCGAGCGCCCCUACCACGACCCAGCCGACCUCCACGACGUCCUCGAGCGCCCCUACCACCACCACGACCCAGCCGACGUCCUCGAGCGCCCCUACCACCACCACGACCCAGCCGACCUCCACGACAUCCUCGAGCGCCCCUACCACCACCACGACCCAGCCGACCUCCACGACAUCCUCGAGCGCCCCUACCACCACCACGACCCAGCCGACCUCCACGACGUCCUCGAGCGCCCCUACCACCACCACCACGACCCAGCCGACCUCCACGACUUCCUCGAGUGCCCCUACCACCACCACGACCCAGCCGACCUCCACGACAUCCUCGAGCGCCCCUACCACCACCACAACCCAGCUGACCUCCAUGACAUCCUCGGGCGCCUCUAGCACCACCACCUAGCCGGCCUCCACCAUGUCCUGUGGCUGAACCGUACUGUUCAGGUGCCAUCCAGUGACUUCAGAUCUUAUAAAUGUUGACUGUCUUUGUUCUGUCGGCACACACGAAAUUUCUUCAGGGACCUUUUAGAUGUCGUAAACUUAAAGUCUGUAACAGUCAGGUGUUGCAGAAAAAAACCCUCAUGAGAAAAAUGUUAAUGAAACACUGCCAUAGCUUCAUUUUCAGAAAUUUACACUUUUAAAUGUUUUUUCCAUUAACAAAAUGUUUUUUUUAAUAUAAAUAAAGCUAGUUGUUUUUUUAUCAAUAAAUAUAACUGUAAUCUUGAAAUAUCUGGUGUAACAUGAAUAAAUGCAAUAAUUGAAAGUUGGA